AUGGUUGUGAAACUAUGUUUCAGUGUUGCGAAAGCCUUCACAAGUCGACGCGGCCAUAGCGAUCAGCUUGUCUAUUUCAUUCCAUGCGACUACUCCUAUAGAAAAGGAGAUGAAGAUGCUAAGAACUUUAUUGCGGAACUUCAAAGAUCGAAGGUGGGAGACAACUUCCUUAUUGUCUCGAAUACGAAAACCUCUGCAGACACCGCUGAAGCAUACAGUUUAGAAGUAAAUAAUGUAGUAGGAAACGAGCAAGAAAUUCCUAAAAAAAUUGCCGAUUUUGGUGAGGAUUGGAUGUGUAAUGCAGAAUGA